ACCGUGGUCCGCAAAACACAUUCGUUGCCCCAACAGUGCGCAACAAGUUCUGUAAACUCUCCGGAAAUCGGCAGCUUCGGUUUUCUGUUCGAACAACGACGCAGUGCAUACGAGUACUAAACAACAUGUCCACCCAAGUUGGUCCCGAACCCUGCAAUCUGGUGUGCCCAAGCUGCCGCCAGCAGGUCACCACCCGGCUAGAGCCAAAGGCCACCACCAAGACGCAUCUGAUAGCACUGAUCAUGUGCCUUACCUGCCUGUGGCCCUGUGCCUGCUGCCUGUACUGCACUCAGUGCGCCAGGAACACCAACCACUACUGCCCCUCGUGCAACAACUUUGUGGGCACCUAUGAGCGCUAGACAGGAUCUUCCGCUCAACCGGAAAUGAAUGCAUUUGCCUAGCUUUAGCAGCCAUGAUGAAAUGCAAGACGACACUUCAUACUAAUUCCGUAGUUACCUCUCUCUCCCCAAAACACACACAAUUAAUCUUACGCAAUAUUUUGAUGUCAGGCAAAACAUUGUUGUACCAUUUUAGGUUCUUGUAAUCCCAGCACAAAAAUAAAAUAAAAAAGAUUCAAGGAA